GCUAUUUAGUCAAGCAAAGCUAGGUUGGGAGAGAAAUGAGCUCAAGUGAGAAUCCAAUACCCAAAUAUUUCUGCCUCUCCUGCUUGCCUCGAGUACUAGCUAGCUCACACAAUGGAAGAAGUGAAACUACUGGGGUUUUGGCCAAGCAAUUUUGUUUACAGAGUGAUAUGGGCUCUAAAACUGAAAGGCGUCGAGUAUGAUUAUAUAGAAGAAGACGUCCUUUCCAACAAGAGUGAAUUGCUGUUGCAGUACAACCCAGUAUACAAGAAGGUCCCGGUGCUUGUUCAUCGUGGCAAACCAAUUGUUGAGUCAUGUGUUAUCCUUGAAUACAUUGAAGAAACUUGGCCUGAGAAUCCAUUGCUCCCGGAAGAUGCUCAUGAUAAAGCCGUGGCUCGGUUUUGGAUGCAGUUUGCGUCUCCCGAUCGGAUUCCCAGUUUUACUGCAUUUUUCCUCUUACCUACUGCUGGGGAAGAGCGCGAAAAAACCAUAAAAGAUGUACUGGAAACGCUGAGGACAUUGGAAGAGCAAGGCCUUGGAGACAAGAAGUUUUUCGGGGGAGACAGCAUAGGAUUGGUAGACUUAGUACAUGGAUGGCUGGCUUCCUGGUUUGAAAUCAGCCAAGAAAUGGUAGGGGUGAAAUUGCUCGAGCCAAACACUUUGCCUCGAUUGCAUGCAUGGGUUCAGAACUUUAAGGACACUCCUGUUAUCAAAGACAACCUUCCUGACUAUAACGAGUUGUUGGCUCAUAUGACACGGGUAAGGGAUCGGAAAUGUUUGUCUCUAAGAAGUCUGUGACCUAGCUACGUACAAAGGAGAAGUUAAUAAUGAGAACCUGAGAACAAGUCUUUCACUUGAGUGAUUGUUUUCUUACAUGUUAAAUGACCUUCACCUUUCAGCAUAAGUAGGUUCUUGUUGUAAUUAUUAUCCUCUAUAUGACUGUUGACAUAAAUAUUAAUUAGUUAUAUACUUAUGAUAUAAAGUCUAUCUCUAUAUAAAAGAGACUAAUAAGACUGAAUAAUACACUUCUAUUUUCUUUUUAACCA